AUGGAAAAGGAUUCUGCAAAAGUGGAAGAAAAGAAAGAGGGGAAGCAGAAAAAAGAUGAAAAUUUGAGUGUUAUGAAGGAACCUCUUGCUUGAAGUACUGAGCAGAGAGAACCUAUAGCAAAUAUUUUUUCUAAAAAUACCUCAAAAAGAGAAGAAAUUGUUGAUGACCACAAAGAAUAUCAAGGCAAGCAUGAAGAGACUCUAUCAAAACAGGAGGCUCUAGAAACCACUUUGCAAAGGCCUAAACAGAAUAUUGGAGACUAUUUAGUAUCUAGUAAUGUGGAUGAGCAUAUAAUUCCGAAAAUACUGGAUAAUGAUUACAUGAAUAAAAAAUUUGCUAUGGAGACUUGAAAUGAUAACUCAUCAAGAAGACAAAGCACUCAAGCUCAACCAAAACAUAAGAAGAAUCUAACAAAAAGGAACUCUCAUCAAAGUGUAAACCAGCUGAAGAGGACCAAAAACAAUGAAGAUCCUAGAAGAAAGAAAUCUAGACCCAACCAAAAUAAUAUAAACCACCAGCCCAAUAAAGUUUCUGAAAAUGAUCAGAAGGUGAAACCUAAGGGGUGGUUUAAAAGGUUCAAAUCUGCAGUAGGAAGUUAUUUUACUUCAGAAGACAAUAAAAAACAGAAUAACUUACAAAGAGAAGAAGACCUUAGAAGACAAGCAUCUGGGAGUAAGAAAUUAAAACCAAGAGAAAGCCCUUACAUAGUUUUGGAACAACAUGGAAUACAGAUAGUCAAUAACUUCGUCGCAGGAGUUUUCAAUGAUGCAAUCAUGCAAGGAGAGAAGAGUUAUCAAGAAUUAUUGAUAGAGUUCCUGGAGAGUACUAACAUGCAGAAUCUUACUAGGAAACUAUUGGAUACCAAUGAGAAAAUUCCUGACUUGCUGGUAGGAACAAGAAAAUAUCUGUCACUUCUAAGUAAAGUGAAGCUUGUGGAAGAUAAAGCAAAGCAAGUUUUGAAAGAAUGAAUGAGUUGGUAUUAUGAAGUUCUAGAUAAUCUAUACCCUGAAGACCAACUUGCAUGAGUCGACAAAAUUCUCAAGUUGUUAAAAGAAAAGGAAGGAUCUAAGAAAAUAGAAGGACUUCUAGAACUUUUCUGAAAUCCAGAGAGCAAGCACAUGACUCAAAAUGCUCAAGCCCUGUUCAAAUUCUGAAUAUUUGUUUGUCCCAAAAAUGUGUGGGAUCUCUUGAAAUUAAGAAGAUCAGAAAUUGGCCUGAUUAAGAAAGAAAUACAUAGACAAGAGAAGAAAAAAAAAUUAAUGAUAAAGGAGAGAGAGGAAUGAUUGAAAAUGAAUAAUGAAGAUGAUACUUAUGAAUUUAUCGGAAAACUAUCUCAAGGUGGAGAUGUACAGAUGCAAUUGAUGAUUGAGUAUCUUGUCAAGAAUAGAUUAAGCUUUGCACAGAUUAAGAAGGAGCUAAGGAAAUGAAAUCUAGACAUUAACAAUAAUGUAUUAUCAUCUCAUUAUAUAAUGUCCUGUGUUGAGACGAUCAAUAAGCAUACAUGGGAUGUACAACGAACUCCAUAUGUUGUCCUGGGGAAUAUAGGAUGUGGUAAAAGUUCCCUUAUUCAGUAUUUGAAUAAAAACUUGAAAACAGAAACAGUUCAAAGUGAUUAUCAAUGGAAUGUAGACAUGAAAAACAGAAAAGUUGGUCCAAUAAUUUCUAAUAGCUUGAGUAAUGCUGAAACUGUUGUCCCUCAGAAAUAUUGCUUGAAAGAUAUCAAAGCAAGACCUAUAAUAUAUGACACACCAGGAUUUAAUAUACCUGAUUCCUAUGAACAAGAGAUAGCUAGUUGACUAUCUCUACAAAAAGUAUUGAAUAACAAUGAAAAGUGCAAACUUAUUCCUUGCUUUUCAAUAUAUGAACUUCAAGGAAGAGGUUUUCUGUUUCAUAAAUUUUGAGAACAACUGAGUAGAAUUCUCAACCUACCAAAAGUUUCAGAUGAAGAGCCUGAUUACAAUAGAGAUAUAUAUGAAUGGCCUUCUAUGUACGUUGUCACAAAAAUAGAUAUGACUCGCAGGAAGAAUGUUAUUAUAAUGCUAAAGAGAUUUGCAAAAGAAGCUCCAAGACACAAGGUACUAAUUAGCGACAUAUGAGAAAAAUUACAGGUGUUCCCUAAGCCUGUAAAUGGCAACUUCAUUGGAAACCUUCCAAAAUUUAUCCCAUUAUUAUCAAAACUGAGGCCUAUCAAAUUGAAUUCUGAGCUUCCAAUAUCCGAUGGAGCUAAAUAACAAAAUGAGAGUUCUCUUAGAUGUCUGGGAUACUGUAUUGAAGGAACAACUUGAUAAAGUUUUUGAUGAAAUUAUCGAACCAAUCGUAUACGAGAGUUCAUUAAAUUAUGAUAUAGAAUUCUUGAAGUCAUUCGAAACAAUUAAAGAAAUUGAAGACAUUCCAGAUUUCUUUUUAAAAAUUGGAGCUCCAUCAGAUUCUGAUACUGAAUCAGAUAAAAUAAAGAAGGACAUAUAUAUUAUCAUUGCAACAACCUUGGGAGCAAUUAUACCAUAUAGAGAUAUUUUGAUUAAACUCUCAGGGAAGCAAGAAUCUGGAAUAUUUGAAGCAUACUUACUGAAUAUGAUAAAGAAAUAUCUAACAGAAGCCAAACAUAUUUUAUUCAUAGACUAUCUGAUCAAUCUAAAAUCUCUGAAUCUUGAAGUAAGCUCUUUUGUGAGAAGCGAGUAUGAAAUAUCAGAUGAAAACAUUGGAAAUUUGAAAGGUCUAGUUAAGUAUACAAUAAACAAUGAGGAAUCUUGCAUUGAAUUCCUCAAAACCAAAAUGGGCCUUCAAGAUCUUAUUGGUACUAUAAACAGUAGGAAAGAAAAACUAUCCCAAUUCAACUAUGAUCAAUCUAAGCAUUAUAAAGAUAUUAUAAACGAUAUUUUAAAGAAUCUCAAGGAAAGAAUAUCAAUAGCCAAGACAUUUUUAAAUAAAAAUACAAUUAUUGAUGGUCAGAGACAAACCAUUAGUAAGCAAACCCUACAAAUAAACAAGCUAGAAGAGGAGAAUAGGCAGAAAGAUGCCACUAUACAAGAACAGAAGAACACUAUUAGAAACUGUGAAGAAACCAUUGAAAAUCAGAAAAAGGAGCUCAUUAAGAAAGAUAAAGAGAUUGAGAAAAUAGAGAAUGAAAAACAGGAGAUGACUAAUGAAUUAAACCAUUACAAGAAGCAAGUGCAAAAGUAUAAUUCUGAGAAACAAGCAAAAGGACUUGGGUCAAAGCUAGGGUCAUGGUUUGGAAAAGCUAUCUCUGGCACAGCUGGUUUCGUUACUGGAUUCUUUUCAGGAGCUGCUUCUGAAAUUAAUGUGGAGAAUUUCAAAUCAGGAUAUAGAAAGGGAAAAGAUUGAGGAGCGGCUAUUACUAAAAUGGCAAUUGAAGCAGGAGCAGCAGGAGUAGGAGCAAUAUCAGGAAUUUGUAAAGGAGUCAAAGAUGCAGAAGUAAAGAAAGCUUUUAAUGAAGGCGAAGAAAAAGGAAAAGAGAUUGGGAAAUAAAUUUACUGAAGAGGCUGUAAAAUUAGCUGGAAUGGGGUUAGGAGCCCUCAAGGGUGUACGGGAUGCUGAGUAUAAGAAAGCAGCAGCUAAAGGGGUUAAAGAAGGAGCAGAAAUGGCCAAGAAUGCAAUAGAAAGCGCAAUCUCUAAUGCUUCAAAAUGAGCAGGAGUUUUUGUAGGCUUGUGACAAACAGAAGUUACUAAGAGUCUCAAAGAAGGAUAUGAUGCUGGCAAAGAGUUAGGAAAAGGAAUAGGUAAUACAAUAGCAACAGGAAUUGGAGCAGCAGCAGGAGUUGCUAAAGGGCUGACAGAAGCUGAAUAUUCUAAGAAUUUCAAAAAGGGAGUAGAACAUGGUGAAACAGUAGGAAAAGCUGUCGGUGAAAGUGCUGCAUAUCUCGCUGGAGGUGCAGCAGGAACAGCAAAGGGAUUAGUAACCGCUGAUUAUUCUGGAAAUUUCAAGAAAGGCCUGGAUGAUGGAGAAAAAGCAGGAAAAGCUGUUGGUGAAGGUGCUGCUUACUUAGUUGGAGGUACUGCAGGAGUAGCGAAAGGAUUAGCAACUGCUGAUUAUGCUGGAGCAGCAAAGGAUGGAUACAAAGAUGGAGUUGAAAAUGGAGAAAAUAUGGGUAAAGCGAUUGGAAGAGCAGCUGGGCAAACAGUUGGAUUUGUUCAAGGUGGAAUGCAAGGAUUACAGGAAGGUUAUGAGGAAGGACACAAAGAAGGAUAUGAAAAAGGCAAAGAAUUAGGAGGAGAAAUAGGUAAAUUUGUAGGUGACAAAGUUGGCAAAGUCCACGGCUUUUGUGAUGGAAUGGGCGAAGAAUUUGGAGAUGCAUAUGCGAAAGGAAAAGAAACAGGCAAAAAGAUGGGAAAAGAAUUUGCCAAAAAUAAUCCAUACCUUAAAUGUAUUGCAGGUCCUCUUGGAACUGUUGUAGGAGCUGUUGAAGGAUUUGUUGAAGGAGGAAAAGAAAUGUUUGAUGAAGCUAGAAGAGAAGGAAAUCAGCGAGGAAGAGAUUAUAUUAAAAAUUUGAAAGUAGCAAAGACUUUACAAAAAGUAGUGGAGGCAGGUGCUCAGAUAGAGGGAGCGCUAGAUGAAGGCAUGAAGCAGAUAAAUGAUGUUAAAAACACAAUGAAGAGAGUUGAAAAUAAAAUAGAUAAUACUGUUAAAAUAGUAACUGAAGCACCUGAGAAGAUACAAAAAUAUUGAGAAAACAUUGUAACAGACAAGUGUAAUCAAUACAAAAAGGAAUUUAAGAAUAGUACCAAAAAGGCUGUAAAGGGAUUUGACAAAAUGCUGAAUACUAAUUAUACAAAAGAGAUAGGACAAUCAGUAAAAGAAGGUUUUGAGGAAGGCAUAGAAGAAAGCAAGCAAGAAUAUAUAAAAGACCGCUCUAGGAGUGCCAAAAACAACGAUGAUAAUUAUCUGUGCGCAUUAUUUGAAGAGAAGUUUAGUCUUGGUGUUUCAGACAAGACUGAUAUCAAAGAUAUGGAAUCAGUGAAGAAUUUGAAAUUUGAAGGAAAAAGUCUUGAUUUAUUACUCAUUGAAGCAACUAGAGGAUUUACAUCAGCGAAUGUAUCUUACUUAUGGAAAUCUAAGAGAGCUACUAAGCAUGGUGAAAUUAAGAAAGUAGCAUAUCAUUGUUUUGAUUUUAAUAUUAGUGGAAAAGAUCAAGCCAAGAAUUUCUUAUCUCUUCUUGAUACUGACCAUCAGCACUUUAAAAGAGGAUCUGAUUAUUCAGCUGUGUAUAUCGAUUAUGAGCUAUAUCUUGAAGCUUGAAGGAGUCAAGGAUCGAGCACUCCUGAUAUAAUAGAAGAGCAACUACAAGAUUUCAUGGAUGAUGUAAAUCUAGAAGGAUACAUUGAGCCUAUUAUUAUGCUAAGUCAAGGUUUUAUAAAAAUAAUGGACGAAGACCUUGUUAAGAAAUUAGGAAAAUUACUAAACAAGCCUUGUUCUGAAGAAAAGAAGGAAAUAGCAACUUAUAAAGAACAUUUUAAAUUGAACAUACAAGAAACUCCUAUUGAAGAAUUUGCCACGCUGUUUGAAGUCAAAACUGAUUGAACUUUUAAAACAAUAAAAGGAACUGCUUGCUGAUAUAUUCGUUUGAAAGAUUUACCUCAAGAAGAGCCAGAAAGCAUGUUAACUCAAGAAGAGAUAAAUGAAGAGAGGAAGAAAUGGAGAAUUUUCAAACCAUACAUGCAUGAUGAAAUUGAUAAGCCUUUUAAAAACUUUAAUUCUUUGCAGAAAUUCUAUGGCAUUGACGUAUCUACCCAUCAAAAAGAAAUAGAUUGGGAAAAAGUAAAAGAUCAUAAGAUACAUAACAGAGAACUUGCCUUUGUUUUCAUAAGAGCAACAAAUGGGUUACAAGAUCAUGAUGAGUACUACGAAGACAACAUUAAUGGAGUAAAAGACCUUAAUUUGAAAUUAAAAUGAGCUUAUCACUUCUUCUGGGUCAGUAGAGAUAUCAAAAAACAAGCUAGAAAAUUUAAAACCUUGAUUGAGGAGUCAGGGGAAUUUAAUAAAGAGAAGGAUUGGAUAGCUCUCGACAUUGAGCUACCAUUAUGAAUCGUAAAGAAAAAUAAAAAGUACUAUAGAGAAAAUUAUAAAGAAGAUAUUAAAAAAUAUGAAAAAAUAAAACCCGAUGAAUGGGUAAAAAAAGUUAAAGAAUUUAUGACUUGGAUGGGAGACGAAGGAUAUGAGAAUAAGAUCAUCUACAUGAACUCCGGCUUUUGGGAAGAACAUUUCUUAAAAGCAGAGAAUCCGGAAGAAAUCUUUAAGGACUGUUUGCUAUGGAUUACAUUCUUAGAACAAAGACCAGGACGUAUUGAAAAGCUCUGGGAUCACUACAGACUCCCUAAAUGCAAGAAUGCAUCGUUUGUUCAGUUUUGAGAAUAUGAAAAGAUAGAUGGAAUACAAGGAAAUAACGGAGAAGUAGACAUUAACUUGGUAUCAGAUCAAUUUGCAAUUGAAAAUAACUGGUAGACCUCAUAACUUUCUGGAUAAGAAUUACAGUUG